GCUUGAGAAGACCGUCAGUGCGCUGCCAUAUUUAUGUUAUCCUCGACUCAACACCGGGAUUGUAACAGAAUUCGAACCGUUUGAACGUUUUCUGCUUUGGAAGAAAGGCCGUUACUUGUGUUAAUGAGGAAAAUAGUGUGUUCGGGAACCGUUAGAUGAAAGCGAAACGUCGGUACCAUCAAAACUCCGUACUGCUGACCGGGAGAACCAGCAUACUAUAGCGCACAGGGAAACAUGGGUAAUAUGGUCUCUGAAGAGAACCCAUUUGGACCCGGUCAGAUUGUCGAGGGGCGGCAACGAGAGGCGGAAAAUAAACUUGGUGAAAUUCAGCUGAGUUUUAGCCGACGGAAAGGUCAAUUAAUAAUCGAAGUGGUCCGAGCGCGAGGGCUAACACCAAAACCAGGACGGAUAACCCCAGCUGCUCCGUAUGUCAAGCUGUAUUUAAUGUGGGGUCGAGUGUGCAUUGGAAAGAAGAAAACGCGAACAGUCGAACCCAGCUUUGUGCCUGUAUUUCAAGAACAGUUUGCGUUUAGUUGGGAGUACACAGGCAAGAUAUUACAGGUUAAAGUUUGGGGUAACUAUGAUAUGCUAUUGGAUCGUAAAAACUUCAUUGGAAUGGUGCAAAUAAGAUUAGAACAGCUAUCUGUGCCGCAAUCGGGUGAAGAAUUAAAUGGAUGGUAUAAACUGUUACCAGUGCCUUGAACGAGGAUGACACGUGACGUUUAGUUAUCAGAUAUACAUUUUCGGAUAUGCGCAUGCUCAAAAUCACACGUGAUUUGUGAUUUUCGUCUGUCUUAGUGACAAGAUGUUAUCGUCUUUGGAAGUACAACUCGGAACGAUGAUUUCAAUAACAUAUCUUUACGAAACUUAAAAUGUACUUUUAUUUUGUACUCAUACUUUUGUUAUUCUUAGCAAUUGAGGAGAAUAGUGAUACGUUACAGUACUAGACUAAAUAGAAGCCA